CCUCUCCACCAAAGGUUGUGUUUGAAAGGGGAUUGCCUGGUCUGGCAGAUCAGUGAAACGCAAUGGCCGCAGACGUACUGUGCAAAGUUUCUGAUGUUGAAAUCGACCCUGACGGAGUGUUCAAAUACAUUUUGGUGAGGGUGAAGGUGAAAGAUCGAACAGAGUACAAAGACAUAGUGAGAGGCACAAAGAAUGCUCAGUAUCACAAUCACAUAUUUGAGAAGGUCAGUCCUGAGAUGGAGAACUUGGGACUAGACUGCACCUGUUCGGGAGGUGGCAAGAUUGAGCACAACAGUAAGGAGAAGACGAUUCGAGUGUUUGGUGAAUCUACAGGCUAUGGCAAAGCAGAGCAUUCAGUGACUGCUGAAAAGUUGAAGUCCACCUUCCAAGACUACAAUAUCACCUGGUCUGAUGACAAAAAGUAGACUGUAUUUAAUUAGGCAGUUUUUUUAUCUGAUAUCAAUUUCAUAUGCUAAUAUUCAGCCCCAUUACUAAAACAUGUCAAGGCUAGCAUAGUAAGAGCACAAUUUGGUAUUUCAAACAUCAGCCAAUGUAUAUAAACAGUUGUUAGAGCACUAAAUCAGGUGAGAUAUAUUAAAUAUCCUGUCCGCAUUAUACCUGCUAUAAUUUAAUUUUGUAUUUCCUUUGCUAUGCCAUUGAUACCCUUGUGAGAAUCCUAAAUAAAAGAGUACAGCAAUAA